CAGCCGCACGAGAGAAAGACUGGUGGAUUGAGGCGGCAGUUUUAACGAGGUUAGAAAGUUCUCCAUCGCCGACAGGCACAGGAGAGAAAGAAAAAUCUGCCAUUUACUGUAACAUUUAAAUGGAUGUGAAAGAGGAGACGUGUGACGCAGACAUGAAUAUCAUGGAGGAGAGGACCGUAAAUGUUAAGGAGGAGGACUGUGGAUGGGAGAGCGUCCACCCUAAGCAGGAGAGUCUGGACAUUAAAGAAGAGGUGCGUGAACUGGGGUCAGUAAGUAUUAAAGAGGAGGAUGAAGAGAAGUGUGUCAGCACUGAGAUACACAACUAUAGGAGUAUGGAGAGCAUCAAGGAAGAUGACCAUAAUUACGAACAUCAAGAUGGAGCAGUGACUGGGUUAGUCUCUUCUCGUAGCAGACUCUCUUCAUCUCCGGAGUCUUCUAUCAAUUUAAAACAUGAAUCACUACAUUCUGACACAAAGGGGACUGAAGGAAUUUCAUCUCCUAAAACACAGGAGAGUCAGCCACCACCUAAGACGUCAUCUAAAACAAGUAUCACACUUCACUGCUGUUGUGAGUGUGGGAAACUCUUUCCUGACAGUUGUAAUCUUCAGAAACACGUUAAAACUCACACAAAACAGAAGGCAUAUUGCUGCUCUGAAUGUGGCAAAAAAUUUUCACAGAGAAGCUAUCUCCAGAUCCACCAAAGAAUUCACACAGGGGAGAAGCCAUAUUGCUGUGCUGAAUGUGGCAAAACAUUUUUACGAAGAAGUGAGCUUCAGAGCCACCGAAUAAUUCACACAGGACAGAAGCCAUAUUGCUGUUCUGAAUGUGGCAAAACAUUUUCACAGAAAAGCUAUCUUCAGAGCCACCAAGGAAGUCACAGAAUGGAGAAGCCAUAUGAGUGCUCUGAAUGUGGUAAAAAGUUCUCACAGAGUAGCGCUCUUCGGAGACACCAAAGAAUCCACACGGGAGAGAAGUCCUAUUGCUGCCCUGAAGGUGGUAAAAACUUUUCAAAGAGAACCAGUCCUCAGAACCACCAAAGAAUUCACUCAGGGGAGAAGUCCUAUCACUGUUCUGAAUGUGGUAAACAGUUUUCAGUAAAAAAAUAUUUUCAACGCCACAAAAAAAUUCACAAAGUAGAGAAGCCAUACUGCUGUUCUGAAUGUGGCAAAACAUUUUCAUGGAAAAGGUAUCUUCAGAGCCACCAAAGAACUCACACAGGGGAGAAGCCAUAUGACUGUUCUGAAUGUGGCAAACAGUUUUCACAGCGAGGCCAUCUUCAGAGACACCAAAGAACCCACACAGGGGAGAAGCCGUAUUGCUGCCCUGAAUGUGGAAAACAAUUCACUUCCCAUAAUUAUCUUCAGACACACAUUAAAAUUCACUCAAGAGGGAAGCUAUAGUGUUGUUGUUUUUUGUUUUUUUAUGUUGCAAAGAAUUCAAAUAAGAGAGAAAAAAAUGACAAACUCCACCUCCUUGUCCACAGAUGAACACGGUACAAUAUAAGGAGCAGAAAAAGAAUUCAAACAGUUUGAUGAAAACACAAAAGAAUAAAUUGUGGAAACCACAAGUAAUGUGCUAAAUACGCUGCCCCCCUCCAACAGCAUCAUGUGGGUGCAGAACUUUAUCCAUGCAUGCCUUAUGAGGGGUGAAGUAUGACAAAAAAGUGAAGACCUAAGAAGUACAAUUUACCAGCACCAGAAAGACACUGGGACCACAACUCAGACCAUUCAGUGGAAAAUGAGGAAGCGCUGGCCACUUGUGACAGAGAAAUCCUGAUUGACAUGCCAGAAAACCAGAUGUAAUAAUCAAAGAAAGCCUGGAUAAUAGAAGUAUCAGUUUCGAGUGAGUACUCACUCCUAAGAAUGGA